AUGGGGUCCGAGAACGGCCAGGACAGCCUGCUUGGCGUGUCGCGCCGCCGGCUCCGGUCCACCACGCUCCGGCGCGACGCGUUCGCCGCGUCCCAGGUGAAGGAUCAGAUUGCGAAGAAUAUUGCAGACCAGACGGUGGAGCAUAGAACCGAGAUCUUCCGGGCGCAGAUUCAAGCGUAUUAUGCCAAGUGGGUGCCAAUUGGCUCCAACAUACGCUAUCUAUCGAUGAGGAUGUGGACGACUCGGUUCGCAAGAUCUCCAUGUUACUGGCAGCGAAAGGCAUCACAGAUGUGGAUAAAGCCUAUUUCAAUCUCCGUCCAGGUGCAUUCCGAGCUGAUGUUUGGAGGCUCAUGCAGCUAUGGGCUGAAGGCGGUGUAUACUUGGACGCAAACAUAA